AUGGGCAACUUGUGGGUCAAGGACCGGGCGAACAAGCAGACGGGCAUGACGAGGCGCGAGAACAAGCUGGUGCAAACCACCUGGAACACGUUCUGCCGCAAGCACCCGGACUUCGGCAGCCUCCUGCUGUUGGCCAUGUUCACUCAGCACCCAGACUACCAGGCGCUGUUCCCCAAGUUCAAGGGUCGCGAACUGCGUCAGCUUCGCGACGACGCCAAGUUCCGGGCGUUCGGCCAAGCGGUUGGCCGCCAGCUGACUGCCAUCGUCGACUCGGUGGACGACUACGACGCCUUGUUGACUGUGGCGCGUAAGAACGCGGUCGAACACGCCCAUCGCGAAGGAGUCCAGGCAGAGCACUUUGAGGGCUUCUUCUCGGCCGCUUUGAGCCAGAUGAUCGAGGGUAACAAAUCGGCCAUGAAGGCCGCCGCCAUCACCGCCUGGGAGAAAUUCUUUGAGACGCUGAAAAUGAUCACAAAACACGCAUUCGACGAGGCUGCCAAGGAAGCUGAAAAUUCAAAGCGAGCAGCGAGUUCCAAGUCAGCACCACGGGAUGUGCCGCCUUCGUCAACUGGAAACCCUGCGUACACUGUAACCUCCAGCCUGGCAAGCCCGGCAAAUGCGACCCAGAAGGCCACGAACACCAAGAGCCCGUUGGCCGUAAAGAGCGUCAUCAAAGGUGCCCACUCAGAGCGGCAAUCGUUCUGGAAGAGCGGGGCCAAAGGCAAGGGCGGCAAAAAGUCUCCAUGA